UUAUAAAUACUUUUUUAUCCAGUUGUGCGUUUCCAAACACACCCAAAUUUAAUCAAGUGAGAGGAAAAGGAAAAAUAGUGACGAAAAAUUGGAUUUAUGACUGUCAUCGUGAAAGAAAACGUUUCCCUUGGAGACGAUACGCCUUGGAUAAGAAAGACACAAAUGAGAGUGAAAGUGAAGAAGAAAUAUGGGAACAGAAAGAACUUGGAGGAUUUGAAGGGGAUUCAGAACUUUCAAAUGGAGAAAUGCGCACUGGCGAAGGUAGUGAUACAGAAGAUGAAAUUGAACGAAUUCAAGCCCAACGACUGAAACAAAAUGAGAAAAGAGAAGAAAAUACUUCUGAGGAGGUAAAACCAGCGGAAGUAGACCCUUUUUCUGUCGACACAGAAGAUGAAGAAGACGUAAUGUUACGUAAAGUUGAAAAAGUUAAUCAUGAACUUCCAAAAUUUUUCGAACAUCAUGUUCUCUACAUUGAUAAAGAUUUACCGAAGGACGAUAUCAAACAAAUUGAGAAAUAUAUUCAUGCCUAUAAAGGGGUUUUAGUGGAGGAUCUCAGUGAUAUUGUUGAUAUUAUAUUAGCAGACAGGAACAAGGAUAGUUUUAGUUUAAAUGAGGCUUGUCCAGAAGCAAAAAUUAUAGACUAUAAUUGGAUUUGGGAAUGUCAUAAUCAACAAAAACUUGUUCCUUUGGAUAAUUUUACCAUUCAGUGUUAAUUUUGUAUGUAUAUUUGGUUUUUAUUAAUAAUAAAUAAGCAUAUCUGAA